CAACAAUCAUCACGGCAGGGCCAGGGAAGAGAGAUGGCCCCGUGAAGCUCCACACGUUCGGCACACGUCGCAGUUACAACCACCCCCAACCCCCCCUCCCCAACCCGCUGUUAUUUCCACCGGAGCCGUAUAUGUCGCCGGUGCCGAGUCCAUGAACUUGGCCAGUCAAAGCGGGGACGCUGGCGGCAGCCAGCUGCUCUUCGCCAACUUCAACCAGGACAACACGUCCUUGGCUGUUGGCACCAAAUCAGGAUACAAGUUCUUCUCCCUGUCCUCCGUGGACAAACUGGAGCAGAUUUAUGAAUGCCCGGACACGGAGGAUGUCUGCAUUGUGGAGCGUCUGUUCUCCAGCAGCCUGGUGGCCAUCGUCAGCCUGAAGGCCCCCAGGAAGCUCAAGGUCUGUCACUUCAAGAAGGGAACUGAGAUCUGCAACUACUCCUAUUCCAACACCAUACUGGCUGUCAAACUCAACAGACAGAGGCUGAUCGUGUGUCUGGAGGAGUCGCUGUAUAUUCACAACAUCCGAGACAUGAAAGUGUUGCACACUAUCAGAGAGACUCCCCCCAACCCCUCGGGACUGUGUGCCCUUUCCAUCAGCAAUGAUAACUGUUACCUGGCGUACCCAGGCAGUGCUACGAUAGGAGAGGUUCAAGUGUUCGACACUGUCAACCUGCGAGCGGCUAAUAUGAUUCCAGCCCACGACAGCCCAUUAGCCGCCCUGGCUUUCGAUGCCAGUGGAACCAAACUCGCCACGGCCUCGGAGAAGGGCACAGUCAUUCGUGUCUUCUCAAUCCCAGAGGGACAGAAGCUUUUUGAGUUUCGGCGAGGGGUAAAGAGGUGUGUGAGCAUUUGUUCACUGGCGUUCAGCAUGGAAGGCCUGUACCUGUCGGCCUCCAGCAACACGGAGACGGUCCACAUCUUCAAAUUAGAAACACAGAAGGAGAAGUAUGUGCCCGCAGAGGAGCCCACCACUUGGGGAGGGUAUCUGGGCAAGGUCCUGAUGGCAUCCACCACCUACCUGCCUUCCCAGGUCACAGAGAUGUUCACCCAGGGGCGAGCAUUUGCCACUGUACGCCUGCCCUUCUGCGGACAUAAGAACAUCUGCGCCUUAGCUGUGAUUCAGAAGAUUCCCCGGUUGUUGGUCGCAGCAGCUGACGGUUACCUGUACCUGUACAACUUGGAUCCACAAGAGGGAGGGGAAUGCACACUCAUGAAGCAGCACAGGUUAGAUGGCAGCACCGAACCAUCUAAUGAGAUCCUCGAGCAGGGGUCACAUGAUCGCCCACUUGUGGCCCAGACCUACAGUGCUGCUGUCACUAAAGGUUACUGCGAAGAGCAGGGUGCCGUGGGAGGGGCGGGCCUGGAAGACGACCUCAACGACUUGCGCCUGGAGGAAGAGAACGAGCAGCCGCCACUCAUCCUCGAAACUGACUGACUUUUACCAACGGCUGCACCCACCAAUCAGAGGGCUCCUCUGGUGCUGCUACGAACAUGUGACACGAGGGGGGGAAUCAAAGACGAGGGAGGAGGGGGGGUUUCAACACUCAAAGCGUUCAAGAGCCUGUCUGUCUGUGCGUUUGUCUCUUCAUAUACAUCUCUAUCUUUUUGUUCUUCCUUUUCCCCUCAGUUUUGCCUGUGCAGGCCAAACUGAAGCUUUUGCAUGUACACGUGCCAACCGCUGAAACGUGCUCCGCCGAUGUGGAAAAAAAGGAGCAUCUGUGAGCGUGCGUAUUUGGACAUUUGAUCAAAAAACAAUGUGGCCGACACGCACACAUCGGGACGCAAGCGCUGUGUGAAUUGAAAGUGAUUGUGUAAGUGCCUCUCUGCCCCAGAGUCCUGGUGUCUUCUGUAGGAGAGGGGGGAUUUUUAUUUUUUUUCGCAUUGGCUCAAUAAAAUCUAUUUUCAGUUGUUGGAUCUUAAUCGAGGAUGUGUACUAUCUUUUCUAACCCCCUUCCUCUCUUUAUCACAUGCAGUCACACUCCUGCGAAGAGUGACAUCAUUCAAUUUGACCCCUCUUUUGUGAAUAUGAGUGUGUUUGCGCGCUCAUACUGAGACCUAAUUUGUAUGUGUUUGCUGGGCAUGUAUAUUAGCAACACAGUGAGUAACUAUCCUCCACAUGUCCCCCACUCACUCUUAGCUCAUCCAAACAGAGGCUCGAUGGACCUCCUUCCCUCCCCUCCUGUCUCCUCAGGCCGUCUCCUCAGGCCUAUUCAUGACCCGUUUUAAAAAAAAAAAAAAAUCUACUUAACCAAUCGUAACCAAUGAUGUGUCAUGUGUAUGAAAACAUGCAUAGUGGUGUUGGUGUGCUACUGUGUCCACACAUCGCAGAUCGGCGGGUGGUGAUGAUCAGUUGAUCAGCUGUCAGUGAUUAGCAGGUCACUGACCGUCUCCUCUCACCCGCCUCCCUGCAGCACCUAUACUCUGUACAUAACUGGAUGUGGCAAGAUAUCACUGUACCAUAUUGUCAGGUUACGACUUAAAAAAGACUCUGGGAUUUGUGGGCGCUUGGCCAUCGAGUGGACUGCGGAUUAUAGUUCGAUUGAACCGGGGCCCAGGGCUGAGCCACAUCAACUGGUCCAGGACGCUGCAUGACUCCCCAUCCAUCCUUUAGUGUCCGCGGGAAAUCUGGGAGUGUCAGGCAUUUUGUAACGAUUUUGUAUAAAAUGUGAAACGUUCAUCUGAAACUAAAAUGAAAAUAAAUUCCAUGUUGAUGUAUGAGA